AGCAAUUUUUCUGGGUAUUCAGAAGUAACAUUGGUUUAUAACUACAUCAUUUAUCAAGCAUGAUAUCUGCUUCGUUGCCAUUGAUGCCUUUUGUCAUUAUGUCGCUUUGGCAAUUUGGGACGGUGUAUGGUGAACAGAGUCAAAACCAAAUGCGGUUCAGGAAGUUUGAAACGCCUAAUGUUCGUUUUCAUAACGAAACCCUUGGUUACAUUUCUGUUUCUUCACAAAUUGAGUGUGGUGUUCGUUGCAUGAAAAUAUCGGGAUGCAUUGCUUUCAGUUAUUGCAGCGCAGCCUUGGAUUUCAGUGCCUCCUGUAGGUUGGAGAAUAGGUCAGCUGUCACCGCAAACGUAGAAAGUUCAGAUGGAUGUGAUAUUUUUCAGACGGUGGACACGUCAAAUCAAAAUGAAGGGACGAGUAACGCGUUUCUACCGUCUCCUGAUUAUUACUGGGACUUAACUGGAAAAUGUUCAGUCACUGACAUUUGCACAGUGGGGACUGGGUCCAGUUCGUGCAGUACCAAAGUGGUGUACGCGAACAUAGGAGAUCGAAAUGCAACUACUGAAAUUGGGGUCUAUCCUUUAACUCAGCGUACACACGUUGUGACGGGGAAUUCAGUAUGUGCUAUUAGCACUGAUGGGGUCGGGAAUUAUCACUAUAUCUCGCUUGGUGAUUUUUCUGGUCGAUGUCUGUUAGACACUGACCAAUGCACCAACGGAUUAACAGUCGGCUUUUGGACCCAGGUAAGUUGGGAAGACAUGUCAGAAUCAUCGAAGUGGUAUCUUUUAAGUUCUGGCGCACAGACUGCGGGAACAAGGGGUGUAGCUGUGUAUGUGGAGCUUAUAGUGUCCAAAAUAUACGUCAUUGGCGCUAUCUUGAAAGACUCUCAGAGUGGGUACUCAGUCUCUGUAAACUACACCCAAUACAGCGUUCCUGGCUGUUGGAGCGGGCAGCCUUCGCACUGUGACUGGAUCCAUAUUGCUUUCGCGUGGAACCCGACUGGACAGUUAGACCUCUAUGUCAAUGGUCAAGUCGUGGACCAAGGAUCCUCAAGUCCACAAAGCAACGCUAUUUCGGCAACUGUGCAACCAUGCAUUAACAGACCACAUGAUGGACAUGCAAACUUUGGAAAUGCGUCUUACAGUGAUCUGAAAAUUUUCGAACAAUAUCUCGAUUCUGACCUUAUUGGAAAACUUUAUGUGUCCUAA